AACCAAGACUUCUCUGAAGAGAAAUAUAAAAAAUUGAAACGCAAGCUGCGAGAAAUUAUGGAGGUGAAUGAAUCAAUGACCAAAGAAUACACGCGCGCAAAGAAGAAGAUCCGAACCCUUACUUAUGAACGAAACGAUUUGUCCGAUACAGAAAUUUCAACGUCAUCGUUAUCCAAAUCUUCACGAGCAAGACCUCCACCACGCGCUUCACCUAUUCAGAGCCCGACAAGCACACGCGACUCCACCGUCGCUUCUGCCCCACCCAAACGAUCUAAAAUUACCAAAAUCGCCGUAAAGACACGUCGUGUGCAACCCAUUGAACGUGACGCCGAAGGCAACGCAAAAUUACCACAGCAGAUCGGUGUCUUGACCGUCCUCGAUCUUGGAAAAAUCGUCAGUGAUCGCGACACAUUUCACAACGAACGUUAUAUUUUCCCUGUCGGUUACACCGUUAGUCGCACUUACCCGUCCAUGGUAGAUCCCAACAGUAACACUGUCAUCACAAGUACCAUUCUCGACGGUGGUGACGGACCUCGAUUUCACGUUGUGGCAGCUGAUAUGCCUGAUUCACCUAUUAUCGCUAAUUCAGCCACCGGCGCAUGGACGGUGGUGGUGCGUCGUUCUAACGAAAUUCGUAAUCGUGAACACUCCAAUUCAGCCAGUGGUCCCGAUUAUUACGGAUUCAAACAUCCCACCAUUGCUAAACUGAUUCAGGAUUUACCAGGUGCUGAGAAUUUGAAGCAUUACGUGUGGCAAAAUUUUGAGGAAAUGGAACCAAGAGCGGCCAAAGGCGUCAUGGCCGCGGCAGAGAAGAAGCGUGGUAAUUUGGAACAGAUGGGCAAUGCCAACCGACGUGCACCUAGA